UGGUAUGUGUAUAGCAGUUUUAUAAUGAAAGAGGAUAAGUGAGAUGUAAUCAACAAUAGAACGUGGAUUAUGACGUAAUAAAUACCUUACCAUGAAGAUUAAUUGGUGGAGUUGUCUUCUCCUGUUUAUAUUACCCAUUCAUUCACAAGGUUUAGAAUUUCUGAUAGAGCCACAAGAUGGUGUUACCAUGCUUUCACAACCGUUCUGGUGGCAUUGUCAGGCUAAACCCGAUCCUAAUUCAGUCACAUACAGCUGGAGAGUUGGUGAUGCAGAUGCACCGAUCAGCGACAAUCAAGUUGUGUUUCCCAAUGGAACUCUUGUAAUUAAAGAUGUACAACCAUCCAGUAUCGGGGUGUAUAUGUGUGUUGUGACGACCGGAAUUGAAACCAUCUCAAGCCAAACAUUAAACCUCCGUCUAGCAGUUCUUGAUCCAGGAUUUACCGUAAAUCCUAGCGACACUGCAGUCAUCGUAAAAACGCAAGCCACCCUGGAAUGCUCAAUCAACAGUUACCCAUCACCUAUCAUUACUUGGUUGCUAGGCGACGUCCCAGUUACCAGGGCUACAAUAAACAUGAUAUCAAGAACCCAGAGUGUUUUGACUAUACCAGCUGUUAGUUACAGCGAUGAGGGCAACUACAGUUGCCUAGCAACCAAUACUAUGCUAAAUCAAAAUGUCACAAGUUCUACAGCUCUUUUAACAGUUCAAGGCCGUCCAGAGCUGAUUACACCACCUGACCCACAAGAAUCACCAGUUGGUUUAUCAGCCAUAUUUAACUGUAUAGCAGCAGGGAAACCCCCACCUACUUUAUCUUGGUUCUUUACACCCUUAAAUGGGGCACGUGUAGAAGCUAGGACAAUAUCCGAGUUUCUAUUACACGAAAAUGGCAGUCUGUCAAUUAGUAGCGUUACUGAUAAUCUGGCUGGAUUCUAUACUUGUGAAGCUUCUAAUAGUUUGGGUAUGGAUAUGAAAACGGUCAGACUUACUGUUACAGGUCCACCAGUGGCUCCUGUAUUCAACGUAACCUCACCAGAUCAACAGGCUGUAGAAGGAUCAACUGUUAAAUUCCAGUGUUUAGCUAGUGGUAAUCCACAGCCGACUAUAACCUGGAGUAAGGUGGGUGGGGAUUUACCUGCUGGAAGAGUUACCUACCCUGCACCAGAUGAAUUAAUGAUCUCCAAUAUUCAAGCCAAUGAUAGAGGAAGUUACGUCUGUGAAGCUGUCAAUAUACAGGGUCGUGUGACAAGUUCGUCUAAUUUAGAUAUAUUAGUUGCUCCAGCUUUUAUAGAAAGACCAGUAAGUAUGACGAUACCGGAAGGUUCCACCAUUGCUUUAAAAUGUCGAGCUUCAGGAAACCCUAAACCAGAGGUCAGCUGGAAAACGCCGCUUGCAGAUAAUCUGGUGGUAUCAGUGGAGACAUCAGGAAUGGUAUUAGGUGUUGACGGUACAUUAACUAUUAGUUAUACAGAGAGUCGUCAUCAUGGUAUUUAUACCUGUACUAUCAGUAAUACAGUUGAUUCUAAAACAGUUACAGCUACAGUCAAUGUUCAAGGUCCUCCAACGUUUACAAAUCUACCGGCCAGUUUAUUAGCCGUGGCUGGCGAUGCUGAAAUCACCUUCACAUGUCGCGUUGCUGGAUUUCCACAACCUGUCAUAUCCUGGUACAGAGACGGCGUCUCGCAACAGAUAGCAUCCAAUGGGAAAUACGAGUUGAUCAGUGAAGGCGAUUUAAAGAUAUUAAAUAUAGAAGCAACAGAUGCUGGCUUAUAUUAUUGUUGGGCUGAGAAUGAGUAUGAUAAAGUCUAUACUAUAGCUAAUUUACGUGUUCUGGUUCCACCGAGGUUCACAGUUCGACCUACUGAUCAGCAGGUAAGACUAGGUCAGACAGUUAGGUUAAAUUGUGUUACGGAAGCUGAUCCAGUCCCAAUUCAAAAGUGGUUAAAAGAUGGUGAAACAGUUUUAAUAGAUACUAAUAUGAAAUUAUAUCUGAAUAGUACGAUCGUUAUCAAUGAUAUAAAACAACACCAGAUUGGUCAGUAUGUUUGUCAGUCAACCAACCAAGGUGGAUCAGCCAUAGCUACAGCCAAUAUAUUUACUACUGAUAUACCAGUAUUGAGGGAGCAACCAGUGAAUGUAACAGUUGGACAAGGUCAAGAGGUUGUGAUGAGAUGUAAUAUGACAGCUAAUGAUACUCCUACUAUAACAUGGUAUAAAUCAGAUGAUAGAGCUACGAGAAUAUCAGCUAUAGAUAAAAAUACAGGCUUUAGAAUACAUUCAACAGUUGGUGGAGAUCUUCGUAUAAAGUACAGUCAAUUAACUGAUGAGAUGUGGUAUGUUUGUGUUGGAGUUAAUCAAUUUGGAGAAACAGCAUCAGAUCCAGUAUAUGUAGAUGUACAGGUUCUACCGACUAUUUUGCGCACCAACAGCCCACAGAUCUCAGCAAAUCAAAAUACAACGACACUCUCAUGUGAUGCCACUGGUGAUCCUAACCCUGUGGUGUCAUGGAGAUCACCACGUGGUGUUGCUAUAACCAAGACAACAAAUGGUUACGUCAUGACUACCAAUACUCUUACCAUAACAACCGUUUCCACAGCAACUGAUGGUGGUGAUUGGAAAUGCGUGGCGUGUAAUGACGUAUCAUGUGCUGAAGCCACAGUUCAGCUUCUAGUUGAAGGACCUCCAUACAUAACUGGUGUUUCAACUUUUCGGAACUCGACCUACAUCAGUUUGGAAUGCCUGACUACCGGUAUCCCCAAACCUAAUGUGACGUAUUUAAUUGGUAGUCAAGGUGUCACGGGAACUGUGACUGGUCACGUAACAUCGGGAAACCUCCUUACCGUCAGUGUGCCACAGAUUCAAGAUGUCUACCGAUGCUUGGUCCAGAAUCGAUUUGGUUCUGAUACUAGAGUUAUGAAGAAACCUGGUACGCCAACUAAACCUCUACCUGUACAGUUUGAAUCAAGGUCGAUAACUCUAACAUGGUCUGAUGGUGACGCUACUGGACUUCCGGUUGAUCAAUAUUUAUUAGAGUACCAGAUUGGUGAAAACGUUACAUGGGUAAAUAGUAAUGUGACGUCAACAGAUACACCGGAACAACACAAAGCAAUCGAUUUAAAACCGUUUUCUAGUUAUUUAUUUCGUGUUCGUAUUAGUAAUGUACUGGAUACUGGAGGCUAUAGUGUAGUCUCGGACAGGAUAAGAACUCUAGCUGAUGCUCCAUCCGUUCCACUGAAUGUUCAAGUUGAAACUCUCCAUAGAAAGAUUACAGUAAAGUUUGAACAAGCUGAACAAUUUAAUGGUGAUCCAGCUGAUAUCAGGUAUCAAAUCGACUUAAAGAUCAAACCACCUGGACAAUCUUUCUUUGUCAUCCUCAAGUCGUUUAUAGUCUUGACCAACCAGACUUUAUAUGUAGAGUUCGAUGACCUGAAUAAUGGAGAAUAUAUCGUGGAAAUGAAGAGUAAAAACAUGGCGGUGUCUAAGGAAAGUCAGACGAUUGAAAUUCCAACAAUGAUGAAAGAUCAACCGCCGACAUACGUACCUGUUAUAACAACAUUGGUAUCACUAGGACCAGAUCAAAUAACCAUUACCUGGAAGUUGGCCGACUGUAAACCGUGUUCUCCACCUAUAACUGGUUAUCUUAUAACGAUAGAGAAGGUGGGCGGAUCAAAUCAAACAGAUUAUAAUGUUAAUGAUAAACAGGGUAAUCUAACGAUAGAUGGUCUAGAGGAGUUUACUAACUACUCCCUGACAGUAGCAGCGGUUAAUACUGGUGGAACUGGUCCUAAAUCACAACCAAAAUCAACCAAAACACAAUAUAGUUUAUUUAGUGAGUUAGUUUAUACUGGUAGCCUGUUGACAACAGGACAGACAGUGGCUAUUAUAGGAGGAAUUCUGGGCUUUAUUUUACUGAUAUUGAUACUAAUAGUAAUAUGUGUACAAUGUCGAAAGAUUUAUAAAGACCGUAGUUUAAGAUACAGAAGACAUUCACCAAGGUUACAUAGAUUCUAUCUAGGACAUCCAAAUGGCGAUUCUGGGUAUCCUGAUCAUGUUUUAUAUUAAAAUUCGUCUCAUUCCCAUGGACAGAGACUCGGAGAAAAGUGAAUUGUCGUCGUCAUGGAAACCCACAUUCUUCCGACCAAGCAAAGGCAAAUACAAAAUACAACAAGGUUUAUAUUUUACUGGCUCUAGAAAAACAGGUAACCAUAGAAAUGUGGAAUUUAUCGGAUCCACUUCGAGGCGGUCACUUCCCCCAUUAGAAGAGGAAGAUUUUACACUGUAUAAAGAAAAUCCUGCUUUCCAAGACCCAGUUUUUAACUCUAACGAUUUGAACAAAGAGACGACGACGACGCCACCUUCUCAGAAUCCUCCACCAAAACCAAAACGUCAAAACCGUAUCAAAGGCCAACAACAGCCAUUAUUUACUCCCUUACAGUUACCAGAUACAUCGGUUACUUCCCCAGAUAGAGGCACGCAGAAUCCCGAUCAACUUGUUUACCCGCCUCGUGAUAGAACGAAAGGUCGUAAUAGAUCGAAUUCUGUUCGGCAAUUGAUCCCCGAAUCACCAGUUGAUCAGAAACCGUUAUCCUUAUUUCCCAUUCCCGAAUCUGUCAGUGACACCAAAUCACACUCAUCGUAUCCUUAUUCGUUAUCACAUACAGAUGGAAAGUCUGGAUAUUCGAACUCACACGUGGAUAAUACACUUCCGGAACUAGAAACUUUAUCCAGACUGUUUGCUGAUAUAGAAGCUGAAGAAGAAAAGUUGAACCAAUCAUAUUCUGGAAAUAAAAACGACGAAUUUUAUUAUUAACAUAAAUGGUUUGCUCGUCUUUUAAUUGUUAAUGUUUUGUUUACCUUGUGGUGUGUUUGAACAAUGUUUCACUGGUCAAUACCUUAAAAAAUAUACCGGUAAGGAAACUGGAACAACAUCGACAACAUCCAAAACUUAUGACGUAGAUGGAUCGCUGCGUGCAGUAUGCAUGGAGAAAUGCCUCCUUUGGAACAGAUGAAGAGAUGUGUUUGAAUAUUGUAUUAUAUAUAAUCGCAACAUCGAGACACUUUCUGUUUCUUGGGAUAACCUCCUCAAAUGUAACUACCAUUGGCCGUUAAAGGGUCAAACCCUUAAAGAACAUAUGACAUUUUGAUUUUCGACAGAGAGUGAUGUGAUUAGUAUGGCUAUCAUCAAAAUGAUAGUCGAACUUCUUUUAGACCCGCCCCCCCCCCCCCGACUGACGUUAUUUAGUAUGGAUUCUGUAAAAUCGUUACAGUGGGUCUUUUUAUAAUGGUCGGAAGUGACGUUUCUGUAACAAACUAAGACUCUUGUGUGUGUUAGUAUUUCAAACUUCCAUCCAAAUGAAUAUUUGCUACAAUCGACAGUUUUUAAUUCUUGGGAUAUUUUUAUUGUUUUUAUUGUUGAAUCAAUUAGCAUCAUCACUUCCGGACUGACUUGAAUUAUAUAAUUUAUUAAAGGACGAGUCUAUUCAUAACCACAGUAUUUACAGAUAAAGAUUACUUCGUAUAUUUUGAACCAAUAGAGCGGUGUAUUAGCUCAGUGGUAGAGCAUAGGACCGUCAAAUACAAGGAAAUGUUAGGCCUACGGACGGCCGGUGGCUGUGUGAAGAAUUCUUUUGAUAUAAACUAGUAUUAAUAUCGUGUCAUAUAUUAUAUAAACUAGUUAUUUUGAUACUGAUUAGUAUUAAUAUCGUCGUCAUAUAAACUAGUUAUUUUGAUAUAAACUAGUAUUAAUAUCGACGUCAUAUAAACUAGUUAUUAGUAUUAAUAUCGUCGUUUAGUAUUAAUAUCGUCGUCAUAUAUUAUAUAUAUAUUAGUUAUUUUGAUACUAAUUAGUAUUAAUAUCGUCGUUUAGUAUUAAUAUCGUCGUCAUAUAAACUAGUUAUUAGUAUUAAUAUCGUCGUUUAGUAUUAAUAUCGUCGUCAUAUAUUAUAUAUAAACUAGUUAUUUUGAUACUAAUUAGUAUUAAUAUCAUUGUAUAAUUAGAAUGUAUAUUUUUUACUGGGUUAUAUUAAAGG